AAUAUAAUGAAAUAUUUUUUUAAUUAUAAAGGAGAAACACUUCCGGAAAAUGAAACCCAACGUGCGACCGUCACGAUGGUCCCAUGAAAACUGGAAAGCGAAACCUAAAUCGCGUACACCUUCUCCCGUUUGAAUACGUAACGCAUGCUCUCCCUACUCUAUCACAAAUAAUCUCUCUUCUUUCUCUCUCUUUUUCCUCGUCAUCCCUAUACUUUCCUUGUUGGUCGAUUAUCUCUUUCCACCCGCAUCAAUUCUUCAUUCGUCGAAAGCAAAAGUCGUAACGAGUGAAGUAACCGAGACUGACAAUGAGAAUAAAGACAUCUGAAUUUCAAUUGUUUGGCAGUAUGCCAGUUAAAUUAAUAAGUUAAUUGCGAAAAUAUAUUUAAUUAAAAAUAGAAAACACUAACACUUUGCUUCAAAAUUGACCAGUUUUUGUUCUUUUUUUUUUGGAGGAGCCAAAUUUACAGAAUGACUGUUGGAACAGAAUUAUUAAUUACGGCAGAACCUCAUCUGAUUCCAGGAUAUACUGGUUAUUGCCCGCAAUAUCGAUUUAAACAUGGUGCAACAUAUGCAAAAACCACGCAUAAACUCCUGCUCGAUCCUACAGUUGACCAUGCGAAUACGCUCAUUUUAUCGAAUCGUGCAACUGAUGAUUGCAAGGCAUGGAGACCACCAAAGAAUGACAUAAAUGUAGUUAAUAUUCGUGUCAAGAGGACCGAUCCUGUAUUCGUUCACCCUAUGAUACCAGGAUACGAGGGUUUCAUACCAGGAUUGAGCACUAGAAUCGGACAGAGAUACACGGUGCUCGCGACCGAAGGACUUGCCGAUUUCGAACGGCAACAAUUACGAGCUAAGGAGAAUUUAAAUCGAUUGAAAAAAACGAUCGACGUACAAAGCGGACGGUUCGAACCGCGAAAUUUGGAGGAACGUUUGGUGAGAGAGAAAAGUGAUGACAUAUAUUUGGCAACAGGAUACGCGACUCACGGUUCUAAACAUUUCGGAAAAUCGAUUGUCUCAUCGUCUGACAAUUUAUCGUGCGAUUUUGCAAGUUAUCUAAUGGGACAGAAUAUAAAAUACGAGAUUUUUGCUUGUCCCGAUCCCCCGUUACUUAUCCACCCUAGUGAAAUUUACCAUAAACAUGUGGGAAUGAUACCGAAUUAUGUCGGGCAUAUUCCCGGAGCAAUAUUCAGAUGCGGUAAAACAUUCGGAACUGACACAAUAGAUGCCAAAAAAUGGCUUCAAGGAGACUCUGCUCUAAAUUAAUUUGGUAAUAACAUUGUUUUGUUAUUCGAUGUUAUAAAAUCACUGAGUCGUCACUGAGUCAUACAUAAAUCGCGCAAAAGUAUACUAUAUAAAAAUUUACAAAACUAAUAGAUACAUAAUAUU